GUUCUAGUAUUAUAGAGUUAAAGAUGGCUGCUGUUUCCACUGCAGAUCAAUUGAAAAAAUACAGAGAUACUGCAAAUGUGUAUUCUAAAUUUGGACUGGAUGGCAAAGCUGUUGCCAUGGAGUCAUCUGGAUCUUCAGAAGAGGAGGAGGAGGCUGACCCCCCACCGCUUCCCAGGCGUAACAUGAGAGUCAAGUUUCAAGAAGAGCCCCUCCCCGAGAAAGAAAAAUCCAAACCUAAACAAAGAAAAGAGCGAAGUAUAUUAAAGUGGAAAGAACCAAAUGGAGACUUUCGCGAAUAUUUACUUUCUAAUGGGUUGAAUGAAGCGACGGUGCAGAAAUUACUGAAUGAAGAAAUUGAAGAUUUUCAAACUUUAAAAAUACUAAGCGAGGAGGACAUUGAAAAGUUAGACCUAAAGACCGGACAGAAGGCAAGGGUACGAAGCCUGACCAGAAGUCAAGAAAGUACAACAGAACACCGACUGUCAGAUAGGCGAAAACCUGUGAAGGUAAAAGGUCAAAGUUCAGAUCACGAGGAAAAAGAGCCACAGUUUGUAAAGUGUUCACAAGAUAAACGUUUUCCUGUCGAGAAAUCAUCCACACACUCAAAAACCAAGACGAAUGUACAAGUGACUAAAAAUACCACUGGUCUGGUAUACGUCUCUUCUUCUUCUUCCGAGUCUGAUGAGGACAAAGGAGAAGUCCAUAUGAAGAGGGACACACUUCGGGGGGAUAGCGUGAGGGUAGCGAAUAAGGGAGAAAGGGAUGUGGAGCUGACUUACAAAGUGCUGCAGACAGAGGAAAAGGGAAAAGUCGUGAUGGAGCUUUCUACAAGACAAGACACGGAAAUACAUUGCGUCAAAGCACGAAUUCUGAUUUUAGUUGAUAUAAGCGGUAGUAUGGGAAUAAAAUACGACAAAAGACGUAAACACAGCAAACUAUCACGAAUGAAAAAGUUUGCCAUUGAACUCGUGGAUUCUCUGGACGAUGGAGACUUUGCCUCUGUUGUCACAUUUGGCGAAAAAACUCAAGUUUUAGUGCCUCUGCAGGAAAUCAAUAGAAAAACUCGAAGUGAAUUAAAGACCGUUUUGGAGACUUUGGACAAAACAUACCUCUCAACAAAGACAAAUCUUAGCGCUGGUUUAUCGAGGGCUAUCGACAUAUUUAGUGAGAAAGCCAAAGGACCCGAAGAUCUACUGAUGUAUAGAAACUCAAUUAUAGUUUUCUCUGAUGGUGAAAUAAACGAAGGCACAAAGGAGCCAAACAAACUGGUACAUGAAGUCCGAGAAAAAAUUCGAAAAAACGCAUUUGAUUUGGAUGAUUCACAGAAUCAAUGGGUUAGCAUCUCCACCAUAGCUACAGGAAAUGAUAUAUCGGAGGCAAUGUACUUACUGUCAAAAUGCUGCAGCAGCGAUGCUUUCUACCAUCUAGACGUACAGAAAUCCGAGAUGGAUGACCCUGACCUUUUUCUUCCGGUCAUGCUUCGGAAGACAGCGGUCGUUUGGAAUGUGUCUGUAGUUAUUGAAGCUGUUAAUGGUGCAACCAUUAUAAAUAGCGAAACUUCACAAGACAACAAGGUCCGGUUACGUGGAAGUUCUAGAGGUCAAGACAAAUCCGAAAAAGCCUUCUUUUAUUACGACAUUCCAGCAGCUUCGACACGGCACAUUGGAGUAGCGCUAGAUUUGAGCAACGUCAGUGAUGACGCUAACACUGUUGUGUUGAAAGCUAAGGUAGAGUAUACGAAAGCGUCAGGACUAAGAAUGAAAUAUUUUGUAGAAAUUGCCAGAGGCGAAUUUACAGACCAAACGGAGGGAAGGUCUGAUGCUAUAAAGGCAAAUCUGAUGCACGAUGCAAGACUGAUCUCUCAGAAUGUCCUUCACAAAGCUGCAGAACAUGUAAAAACUGGAAACAUCGAAGCCUCAACAGCACAAAUAAAACAGGGACAAAGCGAGUUACAAGCUAUGAUGGAAAGAUAUGGUGCUAUGGCUGCUGAGGAUCCAACGUCGGAAAGAAGCCGUGGACGUCCCGGUAUCGUGUCAACUGCAGAUACCUUGAUGAGGAGCAUGCGUGAUAUGUUGGAAGAUGUCACAGAGGAAAUGAAACCUGCAGAAGAAACUAAUUAUGCAGAAAGCAUUAUGAACACUAUGCAGAACCUGUUAACAGAACUGGAGGAAAGCAAAACACACGAUAUCCAUGAACCUGACGGGAAAAGCUGGGCCAAAAUCAAAGCCGUUUCCUCUGCAAUUACUCGCGAGGCACCUACUAUGUCCAAUGACGUAGACACCGAUCUUUUGGCGCCCCUUCCAAACAUACGUCAUAUUUCUGGAAAUCUACAACAACAAAUGGAGAACCUCCAAAAGAAAAGAGAAGCACGAAAAUCCGCCCUACCCGGUACCCUGCAGUAAAACAAUUAUAGUAUUGUUUGUAUAUUCAUAUAAUAUUGUUAACAUUGUUUAGUUAACAUUGUUUAGCCUUAGUUGCACUUCCAAAUCCUUUCAAAAUAUUUUCAGUAUGUUUUGAAUUUUGUAAUUUUUUCAUUCUUAAACCUUAUUUCUUAUUAAUCUAUUCAUACUGUAUGUCUUGAAGUUCAGCAUAUGAUAGUAUGUUUAUCAGGGAUGCAUUCAUAUACAUGUACAUUGUAUUUUUAAUAAUGCACUUUAUAAAUGCCAGACCUUGUAUAAUCAUUUGGCUUGCUUUUUAUAGAGGAAAUUUAGAAGUUGAUUUCAGCACUUUUUAUUUGAUUGAUUUUUUUAUUUAUUGUACAAUUUAUCAGUAUUUUCAAAAUGUAAAGAAGUUUGCAUUAUAUGCAUUGCAUGUAUAGUAUUUAAUUAUGAAUAGCUCUGUUUGCAAUGUCUCUAAGUUAGGAACCUGAAAAGAUUUUCGGGUGUCCAGUAGUAUUCACUUUGUUUCUGUCUGUCAGACAUUUUGUCCUUCCACAAAUUUCCUCACUUUUUUCUGAUUGUUCUGUUAUGUUCAGAUGUGGUAGGCAGUUAGACAUACUGGUAUUGUAUGUCAUCCAGUUUGGAGUGAGAUGUUGGGGGUUUUUCUCACCUAAACAAAGAAUCAAUCGACACAAAGAAAAAUAUUCUAUAAUUUACACUUGGUGUAAAAGGAUGACGGCUUCAAUGACCGCCGUGGGGUGAAAUAUCUUGCCUGUUGUAGAAGAUCCAAAGCCCAGUGAUUGCUAUAUUAAGGCUUAUUUUUACUCUGCGAGUGAUGUUUGAAAGUCAGGUCAAGUCUGGAUAAUGCAUGUAUUCAAAGAAGGUUAGCAUUUUAUAAAUUCUGGUUAAAAUACUUUUAGAAAUAGUUAAUGAAAAAUAAGCACGUAAUUAAAUUUAUGAUUUUUCUUUAUGACUGCUUUAUGGAAAUAUUAGGAUGUUAAUUUUUUAAAGAUAGCUGGAUAAUAACAUGUUUCUUUCGUAUGAAUUUCAUAAUUAGAGUAGUUUUUUAUUUUGACAUUCAUUAUCCUUACUAAGCUAUCUUAUUCCCAUCUUAGUAACCCCAACCUUAGAUACACCUUCAGCGGGGCCCUUGCUUACUUUUCGAUUUAAAUAUAUGUCUCUAAUCUUUUAUGAAUAGGAGAGCAGCUUAAUUCCUAUACAUACAGUAUCAUUUAAUCUAUUGUUUUGUUCUAAUCUGUUUACAAUAAAAGUAAAAAAAAAUGUACAA